AUGAUAGCGAAGGUCCUCAGCGCAAAUACGGCCGAUCGCUGGGCCACCAAAGAAGGAGAACGGCAGGGUAUCACACCUGAUGGAGAGACGAAGAGACGAAUUCUUGGCGAGGAAAUCGUGAAAGGAAUUCGGUUUCCGUUAAUGUCACAAACGGAGUUUGUUGCUGUAGUCUACGACACUGCCAUUUUAUCUUGGAAGGAGACUGGCGACAUGAUGAAAUACUACAGCAAUGUUUUGAAAAGCCCUUUACCAUUUUCGCAGGAUUCAAGGAAGGUGUUUCGAGUCAAUAGAUUUGACAAGCAUCAAAAGCCAGGUACAAAUUGGAAUUACAGUUUGGGCUUGCCUGACAUUGUUUGCUUCUCGGUUAGCAAGCCUAUUACGUUGUUUGGAAUUCAGCAUUUUGGUUCCUCUGGUGGCAGGUACACAGUCUCCACUGAGGUCAAAGAUAAAGCCACCGACUUUACCUUAACCAAACGAUCAGGAACAUAUGCUUCAGAAAAGGACGAGAAUAAUAAUUAUUAUGGCUUUGAUGUUUUGUUCGAUAAACCAGUCUGCUUGGAAGCAAAUAAGAAGUAUAAGUUAGGGUCACUUCUCAACGGUCCUGUGUCAUGGUCCGGAAAGGAUGGGCGAAUAUCUGUUGAAGCUGAAGGAGUGCAAUUUACUUUCAUCUCAACAGGGGAGGAAAGUAAUGGCACUUCGGUACUAUUAGGUCAAUUUCCAGCUUUUAUUUUCACCUGA